AUUUCAGUUUAAAUUUUAAAUUCGAACCGUGCAGUACAUUUUGAUUUUAUAAAAUUAAAAUGUUAAAAUAUAUAUUACUACUAGUAACUCUGGUGAUUGGGACAACACAAGCAGCCAGAAUGGUUUGUUAUUAUGACUCAGCCAGUCAAUUUAGAGAAGGUGCAGGAAAAUUAUCGCUGCAAGAUCUGGAACCGGCUCUGCAAUUUUGUAGUCAUCUCGUUUACGGUUAUACGGCAAUCGAUCCGGAAAGUUUCCAAUUGAAGCCCUUAAACAAACAAUUGGAUAUUACACUCAACAAUUACCCUAAUAUUACCGCCUUACGUCGCAAUCAUCCACAACUUAUGAUUCUGCUCUCUGUUGGUGGAGAUCGUGAUUUGGGUGAGGAAUUACCGAGCAGUUCUUACCUCAAUGUGCUGGAGAAUCAGGCACAUCGAAAUGCAUUUAUCAACAGCGCUGUAGCUCUCUUGAAAGCUUACGAUUUUGAUGGUUUAGACUUGGCAUGGCAGUUUCCAAAAAAUCCUCCCGUAAUAGUUGAGAAUAAAUUGAAAAGGUUUUGGAGGGGCUUCAAAGGUUGGUUUACUUCUUCAAAAGCCGUUGAUGAAAACGCUGCGGAGCACAAGGAACAAUUCACGACACUGGUGAGAGAAUUGAAAGAUGCUUUUCACUCGGAUGGACUAAUGUUGACCUUAACAAUGCUCCCGCACGUUGAUGCUAAUCUUUUCAUUGAUGUCCCCUCUACUAUAAACAAUUUGAAUUUCGUCAAUCUUGGUAGCUAUGACUUCCAAACACCAGAGCGCGAUCCCAAAAUUGCUGAUCAUAGUGCGCCCAUAUACGCAAUGUCAGACCGCGACCCCACCCACAACAUUGACUACCACGUACAGCUUUGGCUCAAUAAUUCAGCACCGAGUAAUAAAUUAAAUAUUGGAGUACCAGCUUAUGGGCUUUCUUGGAUUAUGUCAGUUGACUCGGGUAUUACCGGUUUCCCGCCGAUAGAAAGAACUCUCGGAAAAGGUACCGCCGGCAAACAGAUUCGCAUACCCGGCUUAAUGAGUUGGCCGGAAAUUUGCGAAAAACUACAAGCUAACAAAGAAUUGAGCGGCGAAGAAGCGCGUCUACGCAAAGUUGGCGAUCCAAUAAAACGCUUUGGCAGCUAUGCUUAUCGCUCAGCCGACGAUGAAGGACUUAAUGGUCUAUGGGUGAGUUAUGAGGAGCCAGACACUGCUGCAAAUAAGGCAAGUCAUGCGGUCGCAAAGAAUUUGGGUGGUGUUGCCCUGUUCGAUUUAUCGCUGGAUGAUUUCCGUGGCCAAUGUGAUGGGGAGAAGUACCCAAUACUCCGAAGCAUUAAAUACAAAUUGUAAAACCAGUUCUUUGUUAAUAAAUUAGUAUCAAAAAAUUUAA